AUGUUGAAAUCAAUAAACUAAACCUUGAGAGAAUAUGAUAACUUUGGUGUUCCUUUGAGCCUAAAUAUUAAUAAACAAUCUGAAUACAAAAGUGUUUGUGGUGGAGUCUUGUCAGUUAUGAUGACAGUUGUACUAAUCUACAUUCUUAUUUCUGGUUUGAUUGGUGUUUUUAACAGAGAUGCUUACACAGUAACAAUAACAAAAACUAUAUUAGAUCGAGGUGUAAUAGCUAUAGGAUAUGGAUCCUGACUUAAAAGAGAUGAAUAGCAACAACUUUAUGUUUGCAAUUAAAAUUGAUAAUCCGUUUACAGAAUAUUUUCCAAACUUAAACAAAUCAGCCUUUAAUAUCUCUAUGAAUUAAGUUUACAUAGAAAACACAUAAGGUGGAAAAAGAACUAAAAAAAUUACAAAGUCUUAUAUGUUAGAAAGCUGUACAACUGAUCAUUUUCCUUCAAUAAAUUUUGAUGAAUUUCGUUAAGUAGAAAAUUAGUUGAGCAGCUAUUUAUGUUUACCUAGAGAUUAUUAAUUGUGGUUAUAAGGAACUUACAGUUCAUAUAUCAUGUAAUAUCCUAAAUUAUCAGUUUCCUUAUGCAAAUCAGAUAAUUGUUAUUCUGAUUCUGAAAUUAUGGAAUUAGCCAAGAAUGCAUCUGUUAUGGUUUCACUUUCAACAAUAAUUUAAUCUGCAAUUUUUAUGGCAAAUUAAACGGAUUAUCCUUUAUAUCAAUAUUUGAACUCUGAUUUCUUUUUAGCUACAAAUUUUGAUGCAGAAUCAACUGCAGAUAUUUUCUUUGAAUCAAACAGAAUUGUUAAUUAAAAUAGCAUUUUUAGUUUUUAUGUAGAUGAUGAGAUAAUAGAUUAUUGGGUUUUUCCAAUAUAUAGUUAUAGAGAAAUUAAAGUAUUUAUUCAAUUUAUUAUUAUAGACAUUUAAUAAUAUACCAAGUUCUUUAUUUUCUGUUAAUUUUAGAUUAAGUUAAGAAUUUUAGUAGACUACUAAGAGGGUUAAUACAAUUGAUUAAUUCUUAUCAUAUUUUGGAGGUAUGCUUAAAAUAAUAUCAUCUGUUUUUGGUAUUGUAGCUAUUCAAUAUAAUUAAAUGGGAUUAAGAUUAUCUUUAGCAAAUUCUCUUUAUUAAUUUAAUAUACCAUAAAAAUAAAAUGGUUAAAUAGAAUUUACAUAUGAUAAAUUGCUAAGUUAUAUUUAAAAAUAACUUAAUAGAGUAGAUGAGACAAUGAAUAAACUUAAAAAUCAUACUAUAAAUUUAGUUAAAAUGAAUAAAAUAACAAGAGCUAUAACAUUAAAACAUUAAUCUAAUCCAACUUAAUUAAGUGAAAAGAAGAAUUCUAUUUUAAUUGAUUAACCGUUACAUUAAGAUGAUAUUGAAAGAUAAGCUAGUAAUUUAUUGGAAGUUAAAGAAUCUUUCUUAAGAGAUUUAUUUCAUGAAAUUUUUGAAUAAAGACAUAAGUUAAAGUUAGGAAUUAACUUUUUCUUUUAUUAACUACUUUGUUGUACUUGUAUAGAAAAAAUUAGAUUUACUCGAAAAAUAUUGUAACAAUGUGAAAAUGUCAUACUUUAGGAUUUGGAUAUUGUGAACAUUCUCUAGAAAUUAUAAUAAAUUGAAAAAUUGAAAUAAGCACUUUUAGAAAAGGAUCAAAUUAAAGUAUUUAAUUAUACACCUAAACCAAUUGUUAAUGUAGAAGCAAAUUAUAAAUUCAAUCAUAAUUUAGAAGGAGAUGCAAAUUUUCUCUUUUAAUAAGCUAAUAAAUAAAAACACCAUAGAUUGAUUAGAAGUAAAAAUUAUAAUAAUCCUAAAAAAAUGAUUAAAAUAUAUCAUUCUUAUUCAAAAUUGAAAGAAAAUUCUGAUGUUUUAAAUUAAAGAAUUAUAUAUUUAAUGGGUCCUGCUAUGGAAUAGAUAUUUAAUAAAUAUUAUGAAAUCUAAACUUAUUAUGAACAUCAUAAAAUAAAUAAUCAUGAAUAAUUAAAUUAAAAUGAUUAGUUUCCAUAAAUGACAGAAAAACUUAUAAGUGAUAACCCAUCACCAUUACCUUAAACUGAAGAUAAUGAAAAAAGAAAUAAUUCAUCUAAAGCAAGAAUACAUCUUUAAAUUAAACCUAAAGAAUUGGAUUAAAAUGAAAAUCAAUUUUUAGAUAAAUGA